AUGGAAGUAAUAACUCCUUUAAAUUCUAGUUCAAGCGAGUACCUUAAAGUGAAACAAAACUUUACCACAAAAAUGGCAUCAAAAUUCAAUAUACAAGUACAUUCUAUUAUUCGUGUAGAAAUGCCAAAACACAUUAACCAAAAUCAUGAAGCAUAUAAAAAAAAUAACUUACAUCGUGGUUGUGUACAAUAUUUUCAUGGCACAAAACACAUUUGCGAUUUAAAAAAUUUAAAUAAUUCAAAAAUUUGUGCAAACGAAGCUUGCUGCGUAUGUAACAUAAUCCGCACCGGAUUUAGAUUGAAAAAUGGUCGCGUUUGGUUUUCACCCGACGCAUGGUACUCUCAUGGGUAUACCAAUGUUGGAAUAGACUCGUCAAGAGCCAUGUUCAUAAUUGAUGUCGUUGGGGCAUCAUAUUCUUCAGAUAGCGAGUAUAACGUUGGCUAUGCAGAGCUUGAUAACACGCUUGACUGUGUUCUAGAUGCAACAGAUGGCAUCGGUCAAGCAUGGGAGAUUGUUGAUGAUGAUGCAGAAGAAUCUUUAGAAGAG